AUGAUUUCCCAUCACCCUGAUUUGCUAGAACUCAUUCCUGAGGUGUUAUUGGAAGAUGAUGUAGUUGUGUUCAAGGCUGAAUCGUCGACAGAGGUGACUUUUGUAGGAAUAAGCAUCAUUCCAAAGGGCGUCAAUAACUACUUUAUCUCUCUUAUGCCUAAGGUUGUGGGAGCGUCAUCUCUUGAUAAGUUCCGCCCGAUUUGCAUGGGUAAUUUCUUUUGUAAGGUGCUGACCAAGGUUUUGGCAACUAGAGUCUCAGUGCUUCUCCCUCAUCUAGUUUUAGAGGAACAAGGUGCUUUUCAAAAGGGAAAAAUAAUUUCUGAGAAUAUUAGUCUUGUUUCCAAGCUGGAGAACUUGAUGUAUUUUGCUGUUAGGGGUGGCAGUAUGGGGCUUAAGAUUGAUGUUCAGAAGGCUUUUGACUCCCUAUCUUGGGAGUUUCUUUUUGCAGUUUUGUUCAAGUUCGGUUUCUCUCCUAAAUGA